AUGAGAAUUGGCGAACGGGCACGCUUCCUCUGCAUGCCCGAUCAGAUCGAGGGCUUUGCUCAACUCGAGACCGUCCUGCGCCAGGAAAAAAAGGCCAAGGAGACCGGUGUCCCGAGGGUCGCCCAUGGCUGCUGUGCGCACUCGUCGCCAGACCACCUUGAAGAAAACCAGGAUCUGGCCCACAUCUACGAAUCCCCGCUGGAGCUGGACAUCACCCUGGUUGCCGUCCAUCCGCCCGGAUCGUUUCUCAAGGAGCCCUGGGAGAUGAAUGCGGCCGAGAAGUGGGCCGAGGUCCCGGUCCGAAAGAGCGAAGGCAAUGCCGAGUAUGGCCGCGGCAAUUAUGAAGAGGCCUGCGCAAAGUAUACCCGAGCACUGGUGCUGCUCGAGAGCCUGGACCAGAGCAGCCCCAUCCAGGAUCAACGGCGCGACCGCGACCAGAAGAAAGCCGAGCAGGAGCGCCGACAGCACAUCGCCAAAGAGGAGGACAGAAGACGAGCCCGGCUCGGGCUCCCCUCGGCUGCCGAGACCACGUCCGAUGCAACGGCCUCAUCGGCGGAUACGACUCUCGCUGGCGGUGAGGGUGUUGUGGAUCUGGACGAGCUUACAUCGCUGAUGCAGACAUGCCGGCUGAACUAUGCCGCAUGCAAACUGAAGCUGCGAGAUUGGAAUACGGUCAUCAUCCAGUGCUCCGAAGUACUCAAGCACGACCCCAAGUGCGUCAAGGCGCUGUUCCGACGGUCCCAAGCCUAUGCCGAGAUCGGCCGCGAUCUGGAUCUGGCCGAGAAGGACAUUGGCCGACUCCGAGAAAUCAUUCAAGCCCACGUUGCCGAUGGCACUGCGGCUCGCGACGGCCCCGAGGAGCAAGAGCUGCGCCGGAUGGCAAGAUUCGUCCAGGCCAAGGUUGACCGCUAUGCCGAGCGCGAGAAGAAGAUGUUUUCGAACAUGUUCUCCUGA